ACAGCGUGCACGCGCGCGCAGCCAGGCCCCCGGAAACCUUACGUCAGUGCGGCGGGGAGAAGAUGGCGGCGCGGGCCCCAGUCAAAGCAUCUGUUGGUUUGCUGCCGAAGUUGCGGAAAUGGUACUAUAAUGCUGCAGGAUUUAAUAAGUUGGGUCUUAUGCGAGAUGACACUCUGCACGAAGAUGAUGAUGUGAAGGAGGCUGUGAGAAGGUUGCCGGAGAACCUUUACAAUGAUAGAAUGUUCCGCAUAAAGCGAGCUUUGGACUUGAGCAUGAAGCACCAGAUCCUUCCUAAAGAGAUGUGGGUCAAGUAUGAAGAGGAUAUAUACUACCUUCAGCCAUAUCUUAAAGAAGUUAUAUCUGAAAGAAAGGAGAAGGAAGAAUGGAAUAAAAAAUAAAUAGGAUUCUUUUCAUUACUGUAUGCCUGUCAUGAUCCAGCUUCAACAACGUAGGCCAUUUACAACAGAACGGGUCAUUGAUUCCUGGAGAAAUAAAUUCCACUCUUCAACUACAAGGAAGCAGUUCAUUUGUUUGGACACUGAAUUACUAGUUUAAAACUCAUUUUUUUAAUUCUCCUUGCCAAUUUAAUCCAUGUGAAUUAUUUUAAAUAAAUAUUGUUCCU